GCGACCAGCUGCCAGGCUCCUCGCCAGUCUCCCUUUCCUCUCCUCACUGGCUGAUGGAUCCCAAGGGGUCCCUCUUCUUGAACCUCCUGCUGUUUCUCUCCCUGGCUUUUGAGCUGAGCUGCGGAUCAGGUGAGGGCUUGAUGAAUUGCCCAAAAAUCCUCGGGCAAUUGGGAAGCAGUGUGCUGCUGCCCCUGACAUCUCAAGGGAUAAGUAAGAGCAUGAACAAGAGCAUCCAUAUCCUUGUCGCAAAGGCAGAAUCACAGGGAAGCAGCGUCAAGAAGAAAAUAGUGUCUCUUAGUCUGCCGGAGGGAGGCUCUCCACGCUAUCUGGAGGAUGGUUACAAGUUUCAUCUGGACAACCUGAGCUUGUGGAUCCUGGAAAGUAGGAAGAAGGAUGAGGGCUGGUACUUCAUGACCCUGGAGGGAAACAUUUCAGUCCAGCACUUCUGCCUGCAGCUGAAGCUCUAUGAGCAGGUCUCCACUCCAGAAAUUAAAGUGUUGAAUCGGACACAGGAGAACGGGAACUGCAGCUUGAUGCUGGCCUGCGUGGUGGAAAAGGGGGACCAUGUGGCUUACAGCUGGAGUAAGGAGACAGUCACUCAGCCGCUGAGCCCGGCCAAUGGCUCCCACCUCCUGUACCUCACCCUCGGCCCUCAGCAUGCCAACAAUAUCUACAUCUGCACCGUAAGCAACCCCAUCAGCAACAGCUCCCAGACCUUCAUCCCGUGGUCUGGAUGCAGGCCAGAUCCCCCAGUAUCAAGACAAUGGGGACUGUAUGCUGGGCUGUUCUUAGGGGGCAUCGUUGGUGUCAUCAUGAUUCUCGAAGUGGUAAUACUACUGUUGAGAAGAAGAGGUAAAGCAGACCAUUACCGGCCAACAAAGGAAGCAAAAAGCCUUACUAUCUAUGCCCAAGUCCAGAAAUCAGGUUCUGUUCAGAAGAAAUCUGAUCCCCCACCAGCUCAGGAUCCCUGCACCACCAUUUACGUUGCCGCCACAGAGCCUGUUCCAGAGCCUGUCCAGGAACCAAACUCCAUCACAGUCUAUGCCAGCGUGACACUUCCAGAGAGCUGACACCACAGACUCAGUGAAGGGACUUUCUGAAGGAAUAUAGAGGAGCCAAAAUAAACACUGAACUUGGCCCCAGGUCCCAAGUUCCCCACAACACUCCACACAUCUGUACUCUUCUUGGAUCAACUCGCUGGUGAUGUUUCUUCCACAUCCACCUGUGAAAUGGACAUGGAAGUGAGGUUUCCCAGGCCCUUAGCCUGCUCUGCAGGGCACAGGCCCAGAACAGAGAGCUACUUGAUAGAGCUUUCUUCUCUGUGGUGUAGCAGACGAAGUGGAUAAUGCGGGUCCCGUGGGUCCAGACCUUCAAGUGUCUUGCUGUUUGCUGGGAAUGGAAAAUAAAAGCCAAAGGAAGAAAGCCAGGACAUCUAAUACCUAUCUCAGACAGCUGACCACCAGCCACAGAGUCUGGAAUGGUUCACACUUUGGCUGCCUGCACUUGGUUCUGAGAGCUGAUCCCGAUCGCCAUGAUCAAGACUCUGUGCCUCAGUUUCUCUCUCUGGAUGGGCAUUGAAGGGUGAAUUCCUUAUUAUAUGUAAAACACUCUGAGAUUAUUCUAUAAAAGAAGCUAAUAGAGUCGGUAUUUUAUUUGCAAAACUCAGAAGCUAAAGAGUCAAUAAACUGAAAACAUGACUUU